GCCUCUUUUGUGCUGGGGUGUCCGAUAGUUUGCUGGUCACGCAUGGCUGCCACUGCAUGGCUGCAGAGGCCUGGACCCCGAAGAAGAACGCAGUCUACAUCACUUACCCAGUUGGAGGAAGCACUCCCAACGGAGACCUUGGAGAUUGCCUGGAGCAAGUUGCAGGAUCAGCCUUUGGCACGUGCCACUGCAAAGCCCGUGGCGGUUUGGACGCAACGCAAACGCCCCCAGAGCGCUCCCGUCGCCAGGCGCCCCGACUCCGCGAGCAGCACGCGCCGUGCAGAGAGCCCGAGCCCCUCGGAGCUUCUGAAGAACCCCGAGCGGCGGCCGAGGCCCACUACCGCGGAUCGCUUCCGACGCGGCGGCUUGCAGCCGGGCGAGCGAGGACUGCGCCGAAGUGAUACCAAGAGCUCACUCCUUUCGGAGGCCAGCUAUCACGGCACCAUCGAUCUCACAGGAGAUGCAGUCCAUAGUGGCCGUGGCGGUGCACAAGAAUGGUCAGGCGAGGAGGAACCCCCAAUCGUCCGGUCGGCAGCUCCCAGCCGGCCGCAGAGCGCCCCAUCCUACAGGCGAACUCAGACGCCACCGCAGCUAGGAGCCAAGGAGGUCAGUGACUGGAUGCGGUUGGGUCGAUCACCCUGGCAGCCCCGAAAGGAUGCCAAUUCGGUGGUGACCUACAAGACCAGCGCGACGUCGAAGGCGACCAAGCGCUACCUGGUUCGCACCGAUGUGCCUCAGGCUGGUGGUCAAGAGCAACUUCAGUCGAGGACGACGCAGAGGCAAAGCGCCCGAUUCAUGGAUUAUCUUUGGCAGGUGGUGACCAAGCCGGCGGAACCCAUGGCGCAAGGGGAACAACCCAUCUCCCAACGGCAACGCGCCAAGAACAUCAGGAGGAAUUCCAAGUCGGGCGUCAAACAGGUGGAGCGUCCCCAGAGGCAGGAGAUGCAACAGCAGGAGGAAACCAAGGCCCGCAGCCGGCCCAGCUCUGCGAUCUCGCGCAGUGUUCCGGUCAAUCCAGUCCUCCAGUUGACCGAUGCGAGAGCGCCGCCCAGGCAACCUUCUUCCGACGCGUUGAUGGACAUGCCUGCGAUUCAGGAUGUCCCGGCCCUUCCACUGCGUCGCAGCCAGACGUCGCAGUCCUGGACGAAAGGCCCAGCUUCAUUGGAGGCCUUUUCCCAAAGUUUGCCAGUGAGACCCAUGAGCGGCAAGUCAGUGCCCCGGCCAAGUCGACCGCACUGAAACGCCACAAGAUGAGCUCCGAGAAAAAGGGGGUGACUGCGUGCUGAGAGUUCAGUCAACUUACAAAAAGGAAGGGUCUG